GUCCAGUCCAGUCCAUUGUCACAUGCCAACAGUUUUCUUUUCAGUCUUCACAACCAUUUAUGCUGUAAUUAAGCUUUCUUACUAAUUUGUGCAUAGCCACCGUUCAUGCUGCCAUUCUGCUCUUAAUUUUUCCUAUUCCUCUCAAAAUAAGCUCAUAGAACAAGCUUGGUAUGUUAAAUACUCUCGGUCAAUAGAAGUGGCACCAAGAAUGCACCCAGCUUAGGAAAAGGGAGGAAAAAAAUAUAAUAUACAAAUGCCUAUUGUAUUAGGUAACCUUGCUUGGCUUUCUCUCUUAAUACAGAGUUUGAAGAAUUUAAACAGAUGUAAUAGCUGUUGAAAACCUUUUAGCUUCCCCUUGCAUUUUUCCUUCAGUGGUUUGAAAGCUUAAACAACUAGUUUUCCCUUUCAGCUAUUUUAACUGAAACAAAAUCGAUGCUUUUUCUGCCUUCCCACAAUUUCUAGCUCAUUGGUGUGCUUUGUGAUGCAUUCUCUGCAGUGCCGAACCCUUAGGGGGAGACCAGGCAAUUUGCUUAUGAUGCUUUUGAAUUAUAAACUUGCAGAGUGCAGGGAUGUGGAGCUCCUCCUAGGUCUGCUGGGCUGGAGAGAAUCUAAGCCUAUCAUAUGAUCUUGCCAUUGCGAAAGUGACUUUUGUCGACACAACAGCAUUAGAUCGAUGUGGGUAUCAAAUCCAUGAUUGCCAUGGCAUCUGAUCUAGGUGGCAGUAGGUGUCCAAAGAUCUUAGUCGCUCCAACCUGCUCUUUAGACAGUACAAUUCGGCUGUACAAGCCAAGCACCUGCAAUGAAGUGGUUCAAGGAGUAAAUGGAAGCGAUCCAGUUAAGUGUUUUCCGUGGCCAGCUUCAAACUCCAAGCCACAAGUGCCUCCAAAGCCAUUACAUCUGCAGAAUUCACAGUCAUCCAUUACCCACCAAACCUCUAAGUCUAAAGCUUUGUAUACCACGAAGCCAAGAAUGGAGGAAAUUACACCUAUCUCUUCUUGUGUCUCGAAAGAAAAAUCUAGUAAAGUGUCUGAUCUCAUCAGUCAUUUUGAAGGAGGCAGGUAAACACAUUUCAUUUUAUUCAAAGGUUGCAGAU